AUGGAGCAUAUCCGGGUCGCUAAAGUCGAAGAGGUGACAAUCCUACACCGUGGUCAACCCACCGUUGGAACAAUCCACCUCACCCCUCAUCACCUCAUCUUCCGAGCAAAUCCUGAUGAAGAAUCAAAUACACGGCCUACCGAGAUAUGGAUAACAUAUCCUAUUAUCGCCAAUGUUUACCGCAAUCCCCCGAGUGCCGGUUCACAGGCUCACAUUAGACUUAGAAAUCGUGAUUUCAUGUUCUUAAUGUUGCAGUUUCGUACGGAUAGGGAGUGUAGAGAAGUCUUCGAGAGCAUAAAGUCUUUGUCAGUUGUGAAGAGUGUGGAGAAGCUCUAUGCUUUCUUCUAUACCCCUGGGUCCCCAGAAAGAAAGCACAAUGGAUGGGCAGCUUACGAUCCACGGAAGGAAUAUGAAAGAAUGGGGGUUGGUACGGAUAAGUGUAAAGGCUGGAGGAUCUCAAGGAUUAAUAAAGACUACGCUUUUUCACCGACAUAUCCUCAAUUAUUGGUAGUCCCAGCAACUAUAAGUGAUACGACACUGUCUCACGCCAAAAACUAUCGAUCUCGUGCCCGGAUACCCGUACUAACAUACCUGCAUCCCCUCAAUAACUGCUCAAUAACUCGUUGUGCACAGCCCUUGACUGGAGUCCGCGGAAAUCGCAGCAUUCAAGAUGAAAAGCUUGUCGCAGCUAUAUUCGCGUCGUCGCAGCCUCAAAAUGCGUCACAAACCCCCGCAUACCUCACCACGUCUACCCCAUCCCCCAACGGUUCCUCGACCAACCUCUCCAGCUCAUCCUCCGUAGAUAAUGGUGUGGAUUCCAUAACUUCGGAGCCGGUAGUUGCAGAAGGACGUGUUUACGGAGCACAGCAACACAACCUCAUAGUCGAUGCUCGCCCAACAGUUAACGCCUACGCCAUGCAAGCCGUUGGAAUGGGUAGUGAAAAUAUGGACAAUUACCGACAUUGCUCCUCGCCUCCCUGUACCAAAACUUAUCUCGGUAUCGACAAUAUACAUGUUAUGCGAGAUUCACUAGCAAGAGUUGUAGAUGCGAUCAAGGAUUUUGAUAUAUCCCCACUAAGCCCUAAUAAGGAGCUCCUCGUGCGAUCCGGUUGGCUUAAACAUAUCGGUCUUAUGCUUGAUGGGACUUCAAUUAUUGUCCGUCAGAUUGCAGUCGAGCAUAGCCAUGUUCUUAUUCACUGUUCCGAUGGGUGGGAUCGAACCUCUCAACUAAGCUCACUCGCACAGAUAUGCUUAGACCCCUAUUUUCGUACCAUCGAUGGCUUUAUCGCUCUUGUGGAGAAGGAUUGGGUUAGUUUUGGUCAUCGUUUCCGUGACCGUUGCGGCUUCCUUGGAUGUGAUAAAUGGUUUGUCGAAACCAACCGAAAUGCACCACCCACAGUUGAAGAGGGCUCUCUUGCCGAUGAGGACCCGCUCCAGCGCACUACCAGCAUCGGUUCUUUCACCCCUACUGGGGGGUUCGGAGAAGCUCUCGAAAAGGGCUUUGGGCAGGCCAAAAACUUCUUUAAUACCGUCAACCGUUCUUCUUCCUCUGCUACCGAUAAUAACGACAGUGAUCCUGAUUCUUUAAACAUUGAUCGUAAGACCAAACUUGCAAACCUUGCAUCCACCCCUAUACACGUUACAAAGCCAAAAGAGGUAUCUCCAAUGUUUCAGCAGUUCUUGGAUGCAACCUAUCAACUUCUGUAUCAAAAUCCAACCAGAUUUGAAUACAAUGAGCGAUUCCUCCGACGGUUAUUGUACCACCUUUACUCGUGUCAAUAUGGAACGUUUUUGUUCAACAGCGAUAAGGAACGCGCUGAUGCACGGGUUAAGGAGCGUACUAGAAGUGUUUGGGAUUACUUUCUGGCGAGACGGAACCAGUUUGCUAACCCUCUUUAUGAUCCCGGUGCUGAUGGGGUUGAGAGAGAGCGAGAUGUCGGUGGUGGGAGGGUGUUGUUUCCAAGAAGUGGAGGAGCGGUUAGAUGGUGGGAAGAGGUGUGGGGUAGAGAUAAUGGGGAAAUGAAUGGUAGUGAGAACGCGCUGAAUAUUGGAGUUAUGGGAAUGGAGGAGAGGUCUCGUACUCCUAUAUCACCUGGUGAGGCAGGUACGGGAGCUGCAGCUGGUACAGCAGGGAGUGCAGGUUCGAUCGGUGGAGCUGCGGAUUCUGGAGUUGCGACGAGUAGUGGACUUGCAGCCGGAAUAGGUGUGGGCGUUACGGGAGUUGCAGGACGUUUAGGUGGCGUCGUUGAAGGAGUUAAAGGAUUGAGCAUCUCACCUGCAAGAUCUGAUUCAACAAGUGAAAGGAGAAGAACACCUGUGGAAGUGGAGAUGAUGUGA